GAGGCACUUUGUGCAGAUGAUUGAAGAUUGAAGUUGUACAUAAAGAAGAGUACUUGCAUGUAAUUGGGUGUUGUAAAUAAAUAAGUGUCUUUGAUAGUUGAAGUUUGAAGAAUAGAGACACACUUAGGAGACUAGAGGGCACACUUGGGAGUCUGGAGGUACUUUCUGCGGAUGAUUGAAGUUGUACAUAAAAUUGAGUACUUGCAUGUAAUUGGGUGCUGUAAAUAAAGAAGUGUCUUUGAUAAUAGAAUUUUAUCUUUCUUAUUCGUUAUUAUUUUCUUUUCCUUUUCGUUUUUAUUUCCCAUUAACUUCAUUUUUAAUGUGUUUUGAACCUGGAAAUGUAAAUGACUUCUGAACUGAGUGGCGGUUGCGACUUCACCAACUGUUCAAGCGUAUGAUGUCAAACGGGUGGCACUAAUGAUUGCUGAGAGAUCGGAGGGAGCAAGAGACAAAGUUAGGAGCUCUCUGGGAGAAGAGGAGCUAUUCUUUUCGGACACCGAAGGUUCCCAAGGGUGGAUACAGAUAUAUGGGUUACAUGCGUCCUUUGGCAAUCUGGGAAGUGCAAUGUGCUUGAUGUCCACCUACGCUUUCCAAGUAAGAUGUGAAGCCGGAGUUGGGGAGAUUCGAUUCUUUGUCCAGGCCUCCAGGGAACAUUGGUUUUCAAAGGUUUGCUCUUCUACUGAAUUUGCCAGAAGAGAAAGUUGCUACCAACACAUGCAACAAUGUUUAUCAUUAUCUGCAGCAAGUGUUGAGAUAAACUUCACCACAUUUGUCUCCUUGACUCUAGUUUCCGUUAGUUUUAAGGUGCUAGGUCUUGGAUUUAACAUUUACCAAGAAAGAAAAAUUGGCAGGUGUAAGUGCAGAGAAAUUUUAGUGUGUGUUGUUCAGUCAAGAGGAUGUUGCUGAUGCCGAGACUCCUGAUCCCAUGGACAUCAUGAAUGCAUUGCAGCUGGUGCUCAGGAAGUCUGGAGCUCAUGGUAGACUUGCUCGAGGACUCCAUGAAGGUGAAAAGGUUAUUGAGAAGCAUGUUGUGCAGCUUUGUGUGUUAGCUGAGGACUGCGACCAGACAUAUAACAUCAAACUGGUGAAAGCACUUUGUGCUGAUCACAAUGUUUGUCUGAUUACAGUUCCCAAUGGAAAAACUCUUGGUGAAUGGGCUGGUUUAUGCAAGAUUGAUUCUGAAGGGAAAGCAAGGAAAGCUGUUGGUUGUGGCUGUGUUGUUGUGAAGGAUCAUGGAGAAGAGACUGAGGGUCUUCAUAUCGUCCAAGAAGAGGAUGCUGCUGUUGCUGUUACCGCUGCCGAGACUCCUGCUCCAGCACUUGGGGAGCCCAUGGACAUCAUGACCGCUUUGCAGCUGGUGCUUAGGAAGUCUAGAGCUCAUGGUGGACUUGCUCGAGGACUCCAUGAAGGUGCAAAGGUGAUUGAGAAGCAUGCUGCACAACUUUGUGUGUUAGCAGAGGACUGCGACCAGCUGGAUUACGUCAAGCUGGUGAAAACACUUUGUGCUGAUCACAAUAUCAGUUUGAUUACAGUUCCAAAUGCAAAAACUCUUGGCGAAUGGGCUGGUUUAUGCAAGAUUGAUUCUGAAGGGAAAGCAAGGAAGGUUGUUGGUUGUGGCUGUGUUGUCGUGAAGGAUUAUGGGGAAGAGACUGAGGGUCUCCAUAUCGUCCAAGAGUACGUGAAGUCUCAUUAAACAGAAGCUUGAGAUGGAGCUUUAGGGGAACUAUGAAGCUAGAGAUUCCAUGAGGCUAUCUUUUUGGCAUUUAUUUAGAGUUGAGUUUUUGAUAUUUCAAACUAAGUUCCCUUAUUGUUGUGUACUUCAAAUUUUGUUUUCCCAUCUGGGAAGAUCUAAUAGUUUGAAACUGCCCUCUAGUUUAUAAUCUUGUUGCCUGCAUCAACUUAAAAAAGUUCGUAUUAAAAAAAAAAACAUUAGCUUUACUUAUA